CCUAUAAUUUUUACUUGGAAAAUUGUACUCUAGUUUUGUGUUUUUUUAGUGUAGAACGAUACAAAAAGGAAGAGAGCUAAUUAUAUUUAAAUUUAUUUUUAAUACACUAAACGAAACAUCAAUUGUAGCAUCUAAAUACGCUGAAUUUUUAAAACUAGGAAUCAAGAAAACUUCCCCUCUAAGAACUCAAAUUGUAAAAGAAACAAAUCACCCAAAAACUUUUCAUUUCUAAGUGGGAAAAACACCACAGUUAGGACUGCUCUUUUUUUCCUGUAAUUUACUGUUUUUAUGAGCAUCACUAUGCGUCAAAAAGAUCUACGCCCAGCCCCGGCUCUAAUAGAGUACAAGGGCAUGAAGUUCCUAAUCACCGAUCGACCUUCAGACAUAACAAUUAAUCAUUACAUUAUGGAACUUAAGAAGAACAAUGUCAACACUGUGGUGCGUGUUUGUGAGCCAAGCUAUAAUACAGUCGAGCUGGAGGCACAGGGCAUCAAUGUCAAGGAUCUGGCCUUUGAGGAUGGCACCUUCCCGCCACAAACAGUCGUUGACGAGUGGUUUGAGGUCUUGAAGGAUAAAUAUCGACAAACUCCAGAGGCCUGUGUGGCCGUUCAUUGUGUGGCUGGUCUGGGACGAGCUCCUGUUUUGGUGGCCCUGGCACUGAUCGAAUUAGGCUUGAAAUAUGAGGCAGCUGUGGAAAUGAUUAGAGAUAAACGACGUGGCGCCAUCAAUGCCAAGCAGCUCUCAUAUUUGGAGAAAUACAAGCCCAAGGCGCGUUUAAAGCACAAAAAUGGCCAUAAGAAUUCAUGUUCUGUGCAAUAGAUUUCCAAACACCAUAUGUAUAUUCCCACCAGAUAAAAAGUGUUCAUUUUUUCAAAAAAAAAAAAAAAAAAACAAAAGGAGAAGAAAAAGAAAGUAAAAGUAAAAGUAAAGAAAAAGCGGAUUGAAAGGAAUUAAAACAAAAAGAGAGAAUCACCCAGAAACACCACAAAAAAUCCCAUAGGCGAACAAAUUGAAUCACAGCCCCUCCCCAGCCCCCCAGUAAUUAUUAUAAAAAAAUCUCAAAUUUCAUAAUGUAUUGGCAUCCAAUUGUAAUUUUUUGUAUGUAUUAUUUAAUGUAAUUUAUUGUUAUUUUAUGAUUUCCGAAAACCCCACAAAAACCAAUGCUAAAAGAAAUUUCGAUUCACGAUACCAUAUUCACAGACAUUGUAAUUAUAUAGAUGAUGUUUAGGGCCCCAAAUACCCCAUAAAAUGGUUGUAGAAAUGGGCCACCCCCCCACGAAACGUAGUUUACAUUUACAUAUUAUUCUGGAAACAAAAGAAAAACAAAAAAAGCUACUACUCUGGAAUAAACAGAAAUACGAGCAAAAGAGAACACACAGAAUGUGGAACAGUAGAGGUAUCCAUCCCUUAGACCCAAAUUAAACAGAUAAAACAAACAAGUGUAGAGUGAACAAAAAUAUAGAUACUAUAUAUACAGAUAUAUAUAUAUAUAUAUAUAAACCAAUUAAGCGGAGCGGCAGACAUAGACAGAAUUUAGACACCACGAAAAAUGUACUUAAUGCGGUAUUUAGUUGUGAAAUUUUGAAUACUUUCGAUAUGGUUUUUGUAUGCUUACUCUCUCUUCUUUAGCUGCUAUCAACGAACGGAAUUAUAUGUCUAAAUACUUGAUUUUCUACUUGCAUUAUACAAUUACAUAUAUAUUAUAUA